CUGCAUUGCUUUUUGCAAGGUAGCCCCUCCCUCUUUCAGUUUCGAAACAGAGAGACAGCAUGCCUCCUAAAAAGAGAAAGCAGGCUGAAGAGGAAAAUGGAAAGACCCAAGACAUCUCCUCAUUCUUCAAACCAGCCCCACCAAAAUCAGCAAAGAGAGCCGAACCCGCACAUGCCACAUGCACAGAUGAUGAGACUCCUCCCACCAGUGACAAAGAGCUUAUUACAGAGAAGAGAUACGUGGCAUCGGCUAAACUGUGGUCAAAGAAACUGGGAGGGGAGAUAGGACCCUCUUGGAUGAAAGCACUUGAGCCGAUAUUUAAGGAACCUUUCUUCACUGAGUUAAUGAGUUUUGUUGAUGGAGAACGUGCAACUAAAGUUGUGUAUCCUCCAGCAUCGCAAGUAUUCUCUUGGACAAUUGCGUGUGCCCUUGACGACGUGAAAGUCGUAAUUGUUGGACAGGAUCCUUAUCACGGACCUAAUCAAGCACAUGGACUGUGCUUCAGCGUAUGUAUAGGAGUUCCACCUCCACCUAGUUUAAAGAACAUUUAUAAAGAAUUGAGUGAAGACAUCAGCGGAUUUAGCAUUCCUGAUCAUGGCUAUCUCAUUGGCUGGGCCAGACAAGGAGUUCUACUACUCAAUGCUUGUCUAACUGUAAGGAGAAGUGAAGCAAACUCGCAUUCAAAGAAGGGUUGGGAAAAGGUAACUGAUGCCGUCAUUCAGUGGAUAAAUGCCAACUUGAGGGGUGUGGUCUUCAUGCUUUGGGGCGGAGAUGCUAAAAAGAAAGGCUCAUCAAUUAACAAGAAACGUCACUAUGUACUUGAUGGCCCCCACCCCUCACCUUUAUCAGCCCAUAGAGGAUUCUUUGGUUGUAGACACUUCUCUAAAGCCAAUGAGUUGCUUGAGAAAGAUGGCAGGACUCCGAUUGACUGGUCCCAUCUUCCUAGAAAUUAACAUUCUAGCAACAAUAACUGUAUUAUACAUUUUAUUUAUGAUAUAUAUUUUAACCAUUCCAUUUAUCAAAAGAAUUAUAUUAAAAUGAAAA